AUGACCUCCAUCCGUCGCAUGUCCCCUACGGACCUUUUCUCCCUCAACCUCACCAACCUCGAUCCCCUCACCGAAAACUAUGACAUCGGCUUCUACCUGAACUACCUCAUGCGCUGGCCCUCCCUCUUCAGCAGCGUGCAAGACCGCCGGGAAGGCAUUGUCGGCUACAUCAUGGGCAAGCUUGAAGAACAGCCUGCCUCGAUGCGCCACUCCGAACAUUACACCCCCUGGCACGGUCACAUCACCGUUCUAACCGUGGCGCCGGCAUGGCGUCGGCUCGGACAUGCGCGUCGUCUUACCGAGCGUCUCGAGCGGGGGUCUGACAUCAACGACGCCUGGUUUGUGGACCUCUAUGUGCGGGCGAGCAAUAAAAUAGCCGUGGGGAUGUAUAAGGGAAUGGGGUACUCCGUCUUCCGCCGCGUGGUCAAUUACUACAGCGAUGACCCCUCCGGGCUAUCAGAGACAGGUGAAGACGCCUUCGACAUGCGCAAACCGUGCAGUCGAGACAAGGAUCUACAGCAUGUUCGCGAGAAGGGAGAGGAGUUCCUGGUCAACCCGGAGGAUGUCUCGUGA